CCAGUGCCCUAUCAGCUCUGUAGCCCUCAGGUGGUGUGUAUGCCAGGAGGGCUCCGGGAGUGGCUGCCCGACGCGGGCGCCCCUGGCACUUCCUAGGAGACUCACAGCCCUUUCUCUGCAGCUGUCAUUAGAAGACUACUGGGCUCCUUUCUGAAAGAAGAAAGCCACCCAUCCGAGCCCACUGUCCCUUCCAUUCCUUAUUCGCUCUCCGCAAACCGCUCCUCCUUCCUAGUCUUUCCAUUGUGCUCUCUCGCCUGCACAAGACCUUCGCCUCCUUUGUAGUGAGUGGGAAGAUUUACUUGAGGCUCUCUGAACCUCCGGUUGCAAUGGAGCUGUAUGGAAAGAUGGCCUCUGCACAAGAUGCCAGGUUUGGCCAGAAGGACUCCUCUUCUGACCAGAACUUCGACUACAUGUUCAAGUUGUUGAUCAUUGGCAAUAGCAGCGUGGGAAAAACAUCUUUCCUGUUCCGCUACGCGGACGACUCCUUUACCUCUGCGUUUGUCAGCACGGUUGGCAUCGAUUUCAAAGUCAAAACUGUUUUCAAAAAUGAAAAGAGAAUCAAGCUUCAGAUUUGGGACACAGCAGGCCAGGAAAGAUACAGGACCAUCACCACAGCCUAUUAUCGAGGGGCCAUGGGCUUCAUUUUAAUGUAUGACAUCACAAAUGAAGAAUCCUUCAAUGCCGUACAAGAUUGGUCAACUCAGAUCAAAACAUACUCAUGGGAUAAUGCCCAGGUUAUCCUGGUUGGAAACAAAUGUGACAUGGAAGAUGAACGGAUCAUCUCAACUGAGAGAGGCCAGCAUUUAGGAGAACAGCUUGGGUUUGAGUUUUUUGAAACCAGCGCCAAGGAUAAUGUGAACGUGAAGCAAACCUUCGAGCGCCUUGUGGACAUCAUCUGUGACAAAAUGUCCGAGAGCCUGGACACCGACCCAGCCAUCACCGCCGCGAAGCAGAGCACGAGACUCAAAGAAACGCCUCCCCCGCCACAGCCCAACUGUGGCUGCUAAUGUCUCCCACACGGGAGCUCCGAGUGGCUCCAGGGCGGCCAAGAAAUAGCAUUUAUAAAUGGUCUAGUAGCCUUCACUUAUACUGCCUAACAAUUAUUUGAAGGAAGUCUUUGAUGUCAGUGGCCCUAUAUGCAUUCAAACCUUGAGCAAUUUUCCUGUGUUAGUACGUGGCAAACUCGACCUUACGUUUGUAAGAGUCGUUCAUCUAUAAACACCUGGUACUUGCAUGUAACUCGUUGUUUAUUUGCCUUCUAGAAUUUCUUUUGCAAUUUUUUUUUCUCGGUUAAGCUGUUGCUGAAACCUCAGACUAUAAUUUCACGGCAAAUAACUUUUGCGCCCUGGAUUCAAAUCACGCUUCUCUCAUUUGUGUGGAUGAUGACCUAGGAACCCCCUUGUGUGCGUACACUGUGAGCAGGGGGAGAUGUAGGGAAACUUGGUCUGAUUGAAAAGGAAGUGGGACUUUUGCUCUUGAUUGGAGACCCUAUCAGAGGUCUGGGCAGUUUAUAUAAGGAAAUGUAUAUACACUGCACUUUCAUUAAUAAUAAUUCAAGGGUGUAUUGCCUCUUUUUUAAAAAAAUGAAGGGGGUGGGUCCAAUGGCACUUGGGAGGCUGAGGCAGAAGGAUGAGUUAAUGUACGCCUGAGCUACAAACCAUAAAAUUCUUAUCACGGAAAAAAAGUAGAAAAGGAAAUGAAAUCGGAGUGUUUCUAAGGCCCUUGUACGUUUUCUAAGUCAGUAGUAUCCCCGGGACUGGAUCCAGACAAAGAGCAAUCGAGGUCCCUACCCCAGGACUUAGCUUCCCACUAAUUCUGCCCACGAGAAUGGGCAUGACAUGACCCAUGAGAAAACGUCUACUUAAUGCCAGUUAUGUAACAAGCGUAGUGACCAGGAAGGCCAGUGCUGUGAGUAGCCAUAGAUUUCCAUGGGCUGAGUGGCCUCCAUCCCUUAAUGUCCCACCCCACCAUGGCUCUCUGGAGUCAGCACCAGUUCUAGAAGGAAGAUUGGCUUGAUGCUCUGUCAGGGCUCCUCUUCUCAGAGAAGGUAGGCGGACUUCCCAACCACUACUCUACUCUACCUGCAGCCAAGGUUUUCCACCUAUCUAGAUGGCAAUCGGGGAACCAUCCCGGGAGUCAGUCCCGCAUGGAGGAAAAGAUCCCUUUUAUUGCCAUGUCUUUCAGAGGAUUUAAGCAUGCUCUCAUCACAUAUGCCUCUAACCAUGCUCAGGUUACACAGAACAUUCCAGGGCGGAGUGGAACAGAAAACGGAAGCGCCAUGGCAGUUGGAGAGAGGGAAAGGCCACUUGAACAUCCAGUCUUUUCUGCAGGUUUUCUGCAGACCAUAUGGAAAUAAUAGAUCCAUCAAUCUGUUCCUCUAUCACCCUCCGUGCUGACUGUAGGGAGUCUCCACCUUCCAGAAGUAUUUAUGGCUAGGAUCUUCUGAAGACACCAGGCAGCCCAGAAUGAAGGAAAGGACAGUUUCGUUAGGUGGACCUUUUUCCUUUUGGGUGGUUGUGUAAAAGAUCCACUCUCCCCUUUAGAAACAGAGAAAUAUCUUACGAAAGUAUUUAACUCAAGCUUGCUGGGCAAGGCUAUCGACAGGACAGUCUGUUGAUGGUUUCUUUUCGUCUGCUUGGUUUCUAACUUACAAAUCAGUGAUAAGUUUUCGCUUUGACACCCAGAGGAGCAAGUCUUGGCUCACAAAAGAUCAGAAGACACUAAUGUCUUAUUAAAUUUUAUUGACACCUAGAUUCAAUAGAAAUUAACGUGAAGGGGAAGAAAGAAGCAGAGGGCAUAAAGUAGGAUUUCUUUGCAGUAGUUCCGUAUUCAUAUGCCAUUGUCCUAUUUCUAUGACCUGGGUCAGAAUGUGAUCAUGUUGAAUACUAUAGCGGUCAAACUCAUCUUUUAAUCUAAUACAAAACAAUGAAGCCGGGAAACCUGGGCCUCCUUCCUUGCAUGCAUGCAAAGAGUGUAAAAGGCCUCACUUGGGUGCUUUAAACGGCUUCUUCAGAAGGACAUUGUGUGCGUUAUAAACUGAGAACAGGUAAGAGAGGAAGGAAAACAAUCUCAUUUGUUCAUCUGAAACUUCCCUGAAGAGCUGAAGAUUGACUGACCCAAGCCAAGUGCCCACUCACACACUCUGUCGGGAACCCCAAAGUUAGACCAUUAUGUUCGAGUCAGUGGACAGAGGGGCAACCCUAGCGUCAUUGCCCCCAGAACAAUGCAUAAUUCCUACCUCCCCAAUUCCCAUGGAAACACAGUCUUCCCCACUGAGUAUAAGUUAUGAAAUUCCCACCCUGCUGUGUGUUUCAUUCCAAACAAUUCAGUAAAAAUUUCCAGAGAGACGUGUCACUAAGAUAAAAGGAAAGGCUGCCCAUGUUCUUCCCAUGACACAGGAAGAGAGAAGAGCCUCUGUUCCUAAUGUCAUCAAGAUAUCUUUGUUGUAAAAUCAAAAUUGGAAAAUGGAAACCAGAUAACUGAUCAUCUAUAAGCCUUGAGCUAUGUAUUUUAUCAAUUCUAAUACUGUAAUCCUGAGGUUUUUCCAUCUUUGGCCACUACGUACAUUUGUACAAUUACACACUACAUCUCUUCCCAUCAAUGUAAAUAUGAAUAGGUCCUUCUGACUAAUGACCUGGCUAAAUUUGUACCUAGAAAGAUGUUUAAAAACUACACAGUUGCCCUUGUUUGUAGGUCUUAGACAUCAUUUCUUCUCUCUGAUUCAUUUAAGCUAGGAUUAAGUGUGUCCUCCAUGUCCCCUUCUGUCAGUCACCUGGGCGCUCUUGCCCAUUCAACUGCUUUUUGAACUGAACCCCAACUAGUUGAGGAAAACACCCCUCCCCAGAAUGCUGGUGUUGAUUCAUCCCUUUCCUGUCUUAAUACAACUUAGUAGUCUUGCCUGAACGGCCACCUUGAAGUGAGACUAGAUGUGGGAGGUGCACGAGCUGUCCUCGGCCCCAAGAAGGCAAGUCACAUCAGCAUCACUUCUAUGGGCUCCAGGGAAGAACUGACUUAGAACAAUGCCGCCAUUCCCUGUUGUUUCCCUUUUCAAACAGCGCCUACUGCCAUCAUGAGCUUCUAAUGCCUACAAGGAGCAAGAGGUUUGUGAAGGUCCUCCUGAGGGCCACUUCAAGUUUAACAUUGCUCAAUGUCAUGUUAAUAAGUGCUGGAGUUGGUGUUAGCAAAGGACCUAGUAUGCUUCAGUUGUACUGAUAAACGGGAAAUAUAAAUUCUACAAAGUCGCAAUUGGAGUUAUGCAAGACAUCAGUGCGCUCCGUGAGAAAUGUCUUUAUCUCAUUUAUUUCACUCUUAUCCAGAUUUAUUUAUUUAUUCAGCACGUUUAUCAUUUUUUUUCCGGGAGCCAGCUUAAGCUUCUUAAUUUUAAUUGUGUCUGUGACAACAGUAAUUUUAAAGUAUAUGGAAUUCCACUAUUAACUGAACUUCCACUAAACAUCAUUAACUUCAGAGUGAUUCAUCACAUGCUUUAUCUGUCAGAGCGGAUGUCUAAGUUUGUCCUUUGGGUUUUUUUUUUUUUUUAGUUACUUGUGUGUCAUUUGUAAGGCUGUAUUAAAAAUGUAUCUAAAUUCUAUCAAGCUUCCCCAAGCCGAGAUAGAAGCUACAUGUGGUAAUGGUUACAAGAAUGAGCUUACAAACAUGACAGAGAUGAUCCUAGACCAAAAAGUUUAUGUUUGUUUCUAAGCUUCAUUGUAUUGUUGGAAUGUUCAAUCAGGUAUCUUUUGGUGCGCUUGCAAGCCCACCCAUCUGUCUGGGGAACUGUCUUUGUCUAAAUUUCAGUCUUCACGACUGACCCUGGGGACUUCCUUCGUGUGCACAUUCAGCGUGGUAUGUCAGGGUUCUAGGUGAGCAUUAGACCUGGCAGGCCUUUCUGCUCCUCUGAAUGGUCCAGGUUCCACAGCUCUGCCUGUUAGUGAAUGUGAACUGCUCCUUAGUUGUGUACCAGUGGAAUGGAGAAGUCUCCUGCUUACACCAAACCUCUGAAUACUCAAACCAGCUUUUCAGAGAUGUUUAUAUUUUAGGUGACAUUUUUUUUUUUUUAGAAACCAGUUAAGACAUAAACCUAUUCUACACCCCUGAGUUUAAUUAGGACAAAUCAGGUAAAAGAUAAAUUUGGAUAAAGUUUAUGAACAGAUGGGGAAAAAAAAAACUUCACCUCUAUACUGGACCUAAAGGGCCCUAGAUUCUAGACAUAUAGUAUCCCCUAAGGGGGGGAUAAGUUGUGAUGAUUUAUAUAAAGUUUAUCUACAUAUUGCUAGUGGUAUUUCACAAAUGUAUUUUAAAACCAUUCUAGAAAUGCUUGGCACACCCAUAAAAAAAAAUCUUCCUAGAGUUUAUUGACAUAUUUACAGUUGGGACACACUCAUGCCACUGCCCCUCUCAUGACACACUUGCAAACACUGACAGCUUUUCUGGAGAAGAGACAACUCUCCAUUGAUGGCACGUUCUCUGCGCAGAGAAAAGGGGGCAUUUAGCCACACACCAUCUGCCGCUCAUAUUGUACUUCAAAGUUCAAUGAAAUGGAUUCCUCAUAUGGAUUUGCUUAGUCUGUGGCCAGGUCUUCUAAGGCAGAGAGGGUAGAGAGAAAGUGCAUUUUUGCAAAUGUUGGAGGUAACAGAAAUGAAUUGUUUCGAAACUGCGCCUGGAGUGGAGUAUUAAGAAUAGAUCAUGUAGCUAAGGAUGUAUUAGACUUUAUCAUUGCAUGAUCCUUUUAUACUUCCCGAUUUAUUAAAAAAAAUUCUUUAGUCUACCUUAAAAGAACUAUCCUUUCAGAAUAACACCAAGUCUCACCAUUAAUUUUCUCUCAGCAAUUAUUAUUGGUGGGCUUUCCAUCAGCGAUUACUUGCUGAAAUAAACCUGUGGGCUCCCUGUGGAUUUCACUCUCUUGUGUUCAUUUUUCUUUCAUUGUGGACAACUGAGAGUUGCUGUACGUUUUUAUGUAUGGAAAUAUCACCACAUUCCUGUCACAUGUGGCUAAGGAUGGCUGAGGCUCGUGAGUGCUGUUCUCACAGACACGGGUGGUCCAUGGGCCGCGUGUCUACUUGGGUGUCAGGGAUGUGAGCAUGACCUGUAUCUUACCAGUGAGUCUAUAAUCCUUGUCAAAUGAAGCUUGAGGGUUGUCUAAUGUGUUCUUACCAGUGAGUUUGUAAUCCUUGUCAAAGUGAAGCUUGAGGAUUGUCUGAUGUGUCCAUAGGAUGAUUUUUCCAUGCGUCGUUCCGUCAUCCCUAGGAAGCAUGAUGAAUGGGAACUGUCCUCUAAUUCCUGUUAAUAUAUUGUGAAUGUCAGAUGUGACGUGGUACCAUUGGACUGUCCAAAUGUACAACUACCUACUGGUAUUUGUAGAACUGAAAUGUCGUAAAUGUUGCAUGACGUAUGUUCUAAAAAAUAGAUUUGUUUUCUAUUUCUCAACACCUCAGAAUUGAGGGUUCAUGGGCCAAUAAGUGCAAUAUUUAAUGACUUACUCAGUGUAUAUAAACUAGUGUGCAAGUGAAUUAUGAUGAAUGUGUGAGCUGCUUUGAUAGCCGUGUGCUUAUUUAAAUGAUUUCUUGUAGUAGUAUCUGUCUAGUGGUGCAAUUUAUACAGUGAGCAUUUUUCUGACGCCAUGGGAAUCUCCUCUGUGCCUACUUAGAAGUACUUUUUUUUCCCAUUUAUAAACAAACCGUUUAGUACCUGAAGACAUAUGUCAGUUUUGCCUUUUAGAAUUGUGGGUUUUGUUUCCAAGGAAGGAUGACUGAGAGUUUGUUUUAUAAAGUAUUCACCUCUGUAGCUCAGAAUUGCCCCUAAUCUUCGUGCAAGAGUGUCUCAAGCAGCUAAUUUAGAUACCUAAGAAAAACAUGCAGACCCAGAAGCCACCUUUGCUCCUCUGAAAAGUUGAUCACACAUUCUGUCUAUGGAGAUGCUCUACUCUUGUACUGUAUAUAAAUAUCUUAUUGCUACUUAAUCUUGUUCUUUGUUUGCAAGCUCAGCAAUGUCAGUCUUGGGAUCUCUUAGCCUUAUCAGUGUCUUUUUUAGUUUGUAGAUAAUGUAAUAUCCACUUUCAACUCUCAAUUGUCCACAAUGCUGAUAGAAAAAAAAAGAAAAAAAUCAAUCAAAAUCCUUAACCCUUUGGAUGUUUUUACACACACACACACAAUUAAAACUCUAUGCUCAGAACCACACUUACUGUCCUGGAAUUUCAUAGGGGUGUCCCCAGACUAGUAGUUGGAUUAUCACAGUUAAACAUAUUUAUAUAUAUGAAAAUUAAGCUAGAUUACCACUUUAAUUUCCUAUUUCCUGAAUCAAUUAUUAAGGUAAAGCCCAAUUUUAUCAUUCAUUUUCUUUCAUGUAUGUAGCAAGUCAUUAUACUUUAUGAUUGAGUCACUGAAAUCAACAGAGUGCAGUUGGUUCUAGAGGCCAUUGCUACAUGCACACAGUAAACAUUCUGUUCUCUCGAUGACAUCUGACCAGAGGCUGACUUGUGAAGAGUGCCAAUCAUAUUAAGCGAUGUUGAGCUGUGUGGGCAAUAUGUGGCCCAGAUGUAACCGUGCCGGGCAGGAAGCUGUGCUCAUCAGAACUCACAGCAGAAUUGAGAUGAAAGCGGUGGGUCAGAGAUGGCACUAGCAAAGACUUGGUGCCAAAUUAAAAGGAAAUUAAAAGUAGAGGCAGGUAGCUGGCCACAGAAUGCUACUUUAUGAGUGUGGUUAAGUGUUUUGUUUGUUGUCACAUGGUUAUGGAUUGCCACAUGCUCAGCACUGUGAGAAUCCAACAUGGAAGAAGUGUGGCAUAAUAUAAGAAGUAAAUGGUGUAAUGUAACUGGUAGAUUAUGGAAGCAUAUAGGAGCAAAAAAAUGGAAACUUACAAUAACUAGAAAAAUCAAGGUGACUCCUCUGAAGGGUCAUGACCCAGGAAUCAGGGCCAAGCAUGCUAAUGCACAAGGCCAUAGAGUGUUCCCUGAGAGGAGAAGGGUGAGAGUUCACAACUAUGGAGACUGAAACACAUAAAUUGCCCAACUUAGCGCUCUGCGUUCUGAUCUCCUUGUAGAAGGCAAGCUGAUACAUCAUUGUAUUCCCCUGCGCUGAACCACAAAACACGAAUUCCUUUCAAGCCAUUUUAGACAGUUAAUUUAGACAUUUGCCAACGAACCAGAACACAAGGCAUUGCCUAAUCCAACGUCCCCUGGGCAGAUAUAUAUUCAGGUGUUUCUGUAGCUCGGUUUUGUUUAAGGGCAUCGGACAAUGCACAAGGAAAGAUUCUCCUUUGUGACCAGGUACUCUGGUCUCCUUCUUGGUCAUGACACUGUGGAACUCUUCUCGAGACAGUAUUUAAUGCUUUCUUAUAGUGGUUGUGGUGUUUAGUUGAAAACUAAUUGCUGCAUAGCAAGUAUCGUGACUCCUCCUGUGUCCACAGAAGCUCUUGUCUGAGUUUAAAGCUACAAAGCGUAUUCACAUUGUGAAAUUAUUAUUAUUAUUAUCAUUACUGAAAUUAAUUGUGUAAAAAUGGUACGUGCUCUGUUAGGUAUCUAGUUUAUGAGUGAAUUCUGUAUGGAAAGUGGUUUUGUUCUCUGAGUUGAUCUUGUUUUAUUUUUUGAAGAUUACAAUAAAUAUCUAAGAGACUAUA